CUUGGAAGUCAUGUCUACAGGACCCUUUCUACCUGCAAGAGAAGAGGAACGUUCUGUUUCAACACCCAGUUUUAGGUCCAGUCAAAGGAAGAUGUUACACCUACUUUUGGAGAGAAACGCUUCUUUUACCGCCCGUUCAGAUUUCCCCGGAUCUCCAGGAGACAAACUCCUUGAUUUGCCAAACCUAAGCAUUUUGUCUGGAGGAACUCCAAAACGUUGCCUUGAUCUUUCGAAUCUUAGCAAUGGAGAGCUGUCUGCUUCUCAGCUUACCGCUUCUGCUGACUUUGAUGAAACCGGUUCCUUGGAUUCCUCAGGACCUCAGGAUGCACAGUUAACUGCAAAGAAUCAUCACCAGGACCUUAUGAAAGGCAUCCCAGUGCAGCUUCUGUGUAGUACUCCAAAUGCUUUGGACCAUGGCCACAGAAAAAAAGAUGCAAUGCAUGGCCUAUCUGCAAAUAAAGAAAAUAUAAACACCAAUCUGAAGACACUGGAGUGGGAGGCACCUAGGACCCCGAGGUUUCGAAACCCGCCUGGAGAACCUCCGGCUCCUCCCCUUCCUGUGCUGGAAAAUAGAAUCUUGGUGGAAAAUGAAAUGAGGUAUCUGGGCAGUCCCAUUACUACAGUCCCAAAACUGAGUCAAAAUCUAAAGCUAGAAGACCAAGAAGGAAUUUCCGAGGAGCCAAUGGAGUUUUCCCUGGAAGAGCAAGGAACCAAGAGCUUAAGUCUAAAGAAGAUGGCCCCUCUCUGUGACAUCAAUGCCAUUCAGAUGGAGGAGGAAGAGUUUGAACAAGGGUAUCUGAUUGGUGAUUUCUCCAAGGUGUGUGUGCUGCCGACAGUGUCAGGAAAACACCGAGAUCUGAAGUACGUCACCCCGGACACAGUGGCUGACUUACUGUCUGGAAAGUUCCAGGAUCUGGUUGAGAAGUUUUAUAUCAUUGAUUGCCGCUAUCCGUAUGAGUACCUGGGAGGACACAUCCUGGGAGCCUUAAACCUGUACAGUCAGAAGGAACUGCAUGAGUUCUUUCUGAAGAAACCUAUUGUCCCUCUGGAUGGGCAGAAAAGAAUCAUCAUUGUGUUCCUCUGUGAAUUCUCCUCAGAGCGAGGCCCCCGAAUGUGCCGUUCUCUGAGAGAAAAAGACAGAGCUCUGAACCAGUACCCAGCAUUAUACUACCCAGAGCUGUAUAUCCUCAAAGGGGGCUACAGAGACUUCUUUCCUGAAUAUAUGGAGCUGUGUGAACCACAGAGCUACUGUCCUAUGCACCACCAGGACCACCAGGCUGAGCUGCUCAGAUGGCGAAGCCAGAGCAAAGCGCAGGAAGGGGAGCGGCAGCUUUGGGAGCAGAUUGCCGUCCUGGUGAAGGAUGUGAGGCCAUGAUAGUGGGGAUGACAGUGGCCGUGAAGUCACCGGAAGACAAUGGAGAUGCCGAACAGAAAUAGUCAUCUAUGCCACUAACCCUAUGAUUGUUAAGCUGCAAACAUUGGGGAUAGUCAGGCACGGUGCAACACCUUUAGUCCCUGCACUCAGGAGGUAGAGGCAGGAGGAUCUCUGUGAGUUUGAGGCCAACCAGGGCUACACAUGACCCUGUCUCAAAAACAAACAAAUAAAAAGCAAACAAAGCAAAACCCAUCAGACAAAAGCCUCCAGAUGUCUACAAGCCAACAGGCUGUCAUUCUGAUGGACUGC